GCCGUCAUUAGUACAACAUUUCUUUUCUCUGCAACACCAAUAAUAUGGCUUUCAAGACUUUCUUCACACUGUUCACUGUGCUCCUGUGCGCCAAUGCUGUCUUCGGUGUGAAAAUCAUCAGCAGGGCAACAUGGGGUGGUCGUUCCCCUACUAGCCGCACUACCUUGGCCAGUCGUUUGUCCUACGUCAUUAUACAUCAUACCGCCGGCACUUACUGUUCCACCCAAACCGCAUGCUCUCAACAGAUGCGCAACAUGCAGUCGUACCACAUGGACUCCUUGGGGUGGGCUGAUAUUGGUUACAACUUCCUGAUCGGUGGUGAUGGCCAAGUGUAUGAGGGUCGUGGUUGGAGUACAGUGGGCGCACAUGCCACAAACUGGAACUCCAAAUCAAUUGGCAUCUCCUUCAUGGGCAAUUACAAUAACAAUGUUCCAACUGCCGCUCAGAUCGCUGCCGCUAAGGCUUUGAUUGCCGAUGCCGUCUCACGUGGACAAAUCGCGUCUAAUUACAUUCUUUACGGCCAUCGUCAAGUCGGCUCCACUGAGUGCCCUGGUAACAACUUGUAUGCCGAGAUCAAGAAAUGGUCCAAUUGGCGCGCUUAAGUUUCCCGAAUUCUGAAAAUAUUGAAGAAAUUAAAGGUCGGCUGUUUAUAAAAUA